AUGGAGAGCAACGAAUUCGAGAACUCGGUACCUCCCCAAUUGAAUCAGAUCACAACGCGACUGGCACUCUACCAGCAUCAGCUCGACGCAGCCUCAGCUUCGACGUCUGCAACGACGACAUCAUCAGCCGGCGCUAACGAGAUAACUACAACAACAAUGGCCCGCGAUCCUAUUACAUGCCACGUGCUCAAUACCCUCACUGGAACGCCAGCUGCGAACCUCCCUGUCACAUUGACCCUGCUGACGUCGAUUUCCAGCAGCCAGUCGCCGGUCACAUUCCAUGCAACCACAGAUUCUGAUGGACGGGUAAAGAUGUGGACUCCCGCCAGCUCAGGGUCAGCGACAGUAUCUGCCCUACUGUCCUCUCUGCCAGCGCCAGACAGCAAAACCAGCUGGUCUGUUCGUUUUGAAGUGGGCCCCUGGUACGAAGCUCAGGGAGUCGAGAGCUUCUGGCCAGAGGUAGAGGUGAAGUUCACAGUCAAGGGACGAGGAAAAGAAGGCGAAGAGGGGUGGAGACAUUAUCAUGUGCCAGUCCUCUUGGGACCGUGGAAUUAUUCUACAUAUCGAGGCUCUUAA